CAGGAUUGAGUUUUAUUUCCUCUCGUUUUUACUGGAAGCCUCACCAUUAGUGGGUGAAACUGAUUCGAAUAUUUACUAUUUGGAUUGAGGGUUAGAUCCAGCACCUUGACAACAGAAGGCUAGGCAGACAUUUCCCGGGGAUACUGGGCCUGGAAGCAAACACGCCUUGUUCUCUUGUUGACCUCAUUGACCCCAGGUUCCCUUGUUAAAACUGCAGACCUACUCCCAUUUACGCACUGAUCGAUCCUUGAGGCUGUGCCCUCUGGGGCACGCACAUGGCAGGGCCCACCGCCAUGCGACUGAGCUCAGUGUUGGCUCUGCUGCAACCAGCACUGCCCCUCAUCCUAGGGCUGUCUCUGGGGUGCAGCCUGAGCCUCUUGCGGGUUUCCUGGAUCCAGGGUGAGGGAGAAGAUCCCUGUGUAGUGGCUGUGGGGGAACCAGGAGGGCCACAGAAUCUAGACUCAGGAACUCAGCUUGACCAAAGUGAUGAAGACUUCAAACCCCGGAUUGUCCCCUACUACAGGGAUCCCAACAAGCCCUACAAGAAGGUGCUCAGGACUCGGUACAUCCAGACAGAGCUGGGCUCUCGCGAGCGGUUGCUGGUGGCUGUCCUGACGUCCCGGGCCACGCUGCCCACGCUGGCUGUGGCCGUGAACCGCACGGUGGCUCAUCACUUCCCUCGGCUCCUCUACUUCACUGGGCAGCGAGCGGCCCGGCCUCCGGCAGGGAUGCAGGUGGUAUCCCACGGGGACGAACGGCCAGCCUGGCUCAUGUCCGAGACCCUGCGCCAUCUUCACACACACUUCGGGGCCGACUAUGACUGGUUCUUCGUCAUGCAGGAUGACACGUAUGUGCAGGCCCCCCGCCUGGCAGCCCUGGCUGGCCACCUCAGUAUCAACCAAGACCUGUACCUGGGCCGGACGGAGGAGUUCAUCGGUGCAGGCGAGCAGGCCCGAUACUGCCACGGGGGCUUUGGCUACCUGUUGUCACGGAGCCUCCUGCUUCGAUUGUGGCCACAUCUGGAUGGCUGCCGAGGAGACAUCCUCAGUGCUCGUCCUGAUGAGUGGCUUGGCCGCUGCCUCAUUGACUCUCUGGGCAUCGGCUGUGUCUCACAGCACCAGGGGCAGCAGUAUCGCUCGUUUGAACUGGCCAAAAAUAGGGACCCCGAGAAGGAGGGGAGCUCGGCUUUCCUGAGUGCUUUUGCGGUGCACCCUGUCUCCGAGGGAACCCUCAUGUACCGGCUCCACAAGCGCUUCAGUGCUCUGGAGCUGGAACGAGCGUACAGUGAAAUAGAACAGCUGCAGGCUCAGAUCCGGAACCUGACCGCGCUGACCCCUGAGGGGGAGGCAGGCCUGAGCUGGCCCACUGGGCUCCCGGCCCCUUUUACACCCCGCUCUCGUUUUGAGGUGCUGGGCUGGGACUAUUUCACAGAGCGGCACACCUUCUCCUGUGCAGACGGGGCCCCCAAGUGCCCACUGCAAGGGGCUAGCAGGGCAGAUGUGGGCGACGCCGUGGACACUGCUGUGGAGCAGCUGAAUCGGCGCUAUCAGCCCCGCCUGCGCUUCCAGAAGCAGCGGCUGCUCAACGGCUACCGGCGCUUUGAUCCAGCGCGCGGCAUGGAGUACACCCUGGACCUGCUGCUGGAAGCCGUGACGCAGCGCGGGCACCGGCGGGCCCUGGCCCGCAGGGUCAGCCUGCUGCGGCCCCUGAGCCGGGUGGAGAUCCUCCCCAUGCCCUACGUCACCGAGGCCACCCGCGUGCAGCUGGUGCUGCCGCUGCUGGUGGCCGAAGCCGCUGCGGCCCCUGCGUUCCUGGAGGCCUUUGCGGCCGGCGUCCUGGAGCCGCGAGAGCAUGCCUUGCUCACCCUGUUGCUGGUCUACGGGCCGCGGGAAGGGGGCCGAGGGGCCCCGGACCCGUUUCUUGGGGUGAAGGCUGCAGCGGCUGAGUUGGAACGCCGGCACCCUGGGACGAGGCUGGCCUGGCUCGCUGUGCGCGCGGAGGCCCCUUCCCAGGUGCGGCUCCUGGACGUGGUCUCUAAGAAGCACCCCGUGGACACGCUCUUCUUCCUCGCCACUGUGUGGACCAGGCCCGGGCCCGACGUCCUCAACCGCUGCCGCAUGAACGCCAUCUCCGGCUGGCAGGCCUUCUUUCCGGUCCACUUCCAGGAGUUCAGCCCCGCCCUGGCCCCACAGAGACCCCCCCAAGGGCCCCCGGGGGCCGGCCCCGACGCCCCGGCCCCUCCCGGCGCUGAGCCCGCCCGGGGGGCUCCCGCUGGGGGCAGGUUUGACCGACGGGCCUCCGCAGAGGGCUGCUUCUAUAACGCUGACUACCUGGCGGCCCGAGCCCGGCUGGCCGGUGAGCUGGCAGGCCAGGAAGAGGAGGAAGCCCUGGAGGGGCUGGAGGUGAUGGACGUUUUCCUCCGGUUCUCAGGGCUCCACCUUUUCCGGGCCGUGGAGCCAGGGCUGGUGCAGAAGUUCUCCGUGCGCGACUGCAGCCCUCGGCUCAGCGAGGAGCUCUACCACCGCUGCCGCCUGAGCACCCUGGAGGGGCUGGGGGGCCGCGCGCAGCUCGCCGUGGCUCUGUUCGAGCAGGAGCAGGCCAAUAGCACGUAGCGCGGCCCGGGGCCCCGCGCCCCCACUUAGGGCCCUUCGGCCUUGGCCCUGGCAAGGCGGGGCAACACGGAUGGACUGAUGGAGGGCUUGUUGCUGUAUUUCUGAAUAAGAAAAUGUCAUUAAAAGUGUCUUCUGCCGAACUGUU